CCACAUUUUCUAGACACCAUGUGUUGUCCAUACUUUGAACUUAGCCUUGAAGAGUAUAUGUGCUGCCAAAAACUCUAGUGGGGAUGCUUUUCUAGAAUUCCAAUGGAUUAGUGAAGUGGUUGCAGAUGCAUCUGCCAUAAAGAAUUUCAUUAUGAAUCACUCAAUGAGGCUCUCCAUGUUCAAUGAUUUUAGUAAGCUGAAAUUUCUUGCCAUUGCUGAUACUAGAUUUGCAUCUACUAUUGUGAUGCUUAAGAUGUUUCGUGCUAUCAAAGAGAACUUAAUCUUGAUGGUGGCUAGUGAAAAAUGGAAUGCCUAUAGGGAGGACAAUCAAGUUCAAGCACAACAUGUCAAGGAGAAGAUUUUAAAUGAUUUAUGGUGGGAUAAAGUGAAAUAUAUCAUUGAUUUCUGUGAGCCUAUCUACUCUAUGAUUCGUGCUGCUGACACUGACAAACCAUGCCUCCAUUUGAUCUAUGAGAUGUGGGAUUCCAUGAUAGAUAAGGUGAAAAAAAUCAUCUAUCGUCAUGAAGGGAAAGAACUAGAUGAGCAAUGUUCUUUUUUCUUUCAUGUAAAUGAGAUCUUACACUUCCGAUGGGCAAAAAGUACUACCCCCUUGCAUUGCUUAGCACAUUCACUAAACCCAAAGUACUACUAUGAGACUUGGUUGGAGGAGGCUCCAAACCGCCAAGCCCCUCAUAUGGAUGAGGAGAUUUCAGAUAUGAGAAAUAAGUGUUUUAGAAGAUAUUUCUCUGGGGAUGACUUGAGAAAGAUCAAACAACAAUUUGCAGAUUUCUCAUUGUUUGGCAGUGGGUUUAAUUCCUUUGACUCAAUUGAGGAUAGAGCCCAUAUGAAUGCAAAGCAAUGGUGGGGAAUCUAUGGUAACUCUGCACCUGAGCAUAAAAAGUUGGCACUAAAAUUACUUGGACAGCCAACAUCAUCUUCUUGUGCCGAAAGAAACUGGAGCACUUAUGGUUUCAUCCAUAGUUCAAUGAGAAACAAUCUUAGGCCUGCACGUGCUGAGGAUUUGGUGUUUGUGCACCAAAAUAUGCGUCUUCUUUCUAGGAGAUCUGAAGAAUACUACAGUGGCCCAUCAAUAAUGUGGGAUGUUGCAGGAGAUAGAUAUGAGUUGUUUGAUGGUGGUGCUGAUUUUCUUCAACAAGCUGAACUGACACUUGAUGAGCCUGACCUUGAGAGACUACUGGAAGAUCUUGGUGCAUUGGACAUACAAGGCGAUAACGGGCCUUCAUCCACUUCGGUUCCAAUGGAUGAAAUCAACAAUCAAUUUAUCUAGUCUUGCAAUCUAGUUAUUGAGUUGAAUUUGAAGUCAUGGACAAGUUAAUUAAUUCUAAUUAGUUUAGCGCUGUGGUGAUGCUCUACUGUUGAUUUAUCUACUAUGUGAACAAUUUUAUCUACCAUCUAUUUGAAGAACACAUGUGUUGUGAUUCCUAUU